UUUGGUACGAUCCUGCGGCGUUAAAAUCACUCCUUAGUCGCAAAAUUUGCCCCGUAGUAAGCGUAGAGACGAACCGAACGGGCGUAAACAAUACGCCAUCGUCGAAUGAUCUUGUUUAGUGCGUCGUUGGCCAGAGAUCGAUCGUGUGGAAACGGGUGAAACGAACAGUGCCGUGUUUCGUCGUGCGUGUUUUGCAUUUUGGCGACCAGUUUCCAUUCGAGUGCAAGUAAUAUCUCCACGAACCAUGCUUAUCACAGUGCUGGACGUAACCAUGACCGAGGGUUCCACCUUCGAGGUGGCCGACGAUAUGGAAGUGGAGAAUCUGAUCGCCUUGUGCCGGAUGGAAUUUAACAUACAGGAGAACCUGGAACUAAAGCUGUCCAGCAAGCAGGGCGUAAUGCUGAACCACAGGGAAACUCUCACGCACUACGGUGUCAAGGACGGAGACUUGGUGUGGCUACACAAAGCCGAACCGCGACCGGCCCGUCCACCGGCACCGAGCGCCACAGAUGCAUCGAGACUGGCGAACCUAGACUUUGGCUCCAUCCAAGUACCGAGUCGAUUGUCCGGCGCGGCUAGUGGUUCUGCCGCAGCCGGCGGCGGCGGCGGGUCGUCCACGGCCGGUGGCGCUGGUCCUGUGAAUCCACGCCCGUCGCCCUCGGUUGGCAUGGAGGACGAUCCGGCCGUGGUGCGCGAGAUGUUUCUUUCCAAUCCGGACCAGCUGGCCCUGUUGAAGCAAAACAAUCCCCGACUGGCGGAGGCACUGCUUUCCGGCAACCUGGACACGUUUGCCGGCGUAAUGCGCAAGCAGAUUGCUGAGCGCAUGGAGAAACAGCAGAAGCGGCUUCGAAUACUGCAGGCCAGCCCGUUCGAUGCCGAAGCCCAGCGGCUGAUCGCCGAGGAGAUCAAGCAGAAGAACAUCGAAGCGAACAUGGAGGCCGCGAUGGAGUACAAUCCCGAAACGUUCGGCACCGUGGUGAUGCUUUACAUAAACUGCAAGGUCAAUGGUCACCCGGUGAAGGCGUUCAUCGAUUCGGGCGCCCAGGCAACGAUCAUGAGUGCGGCCGCGGCCGAGCGGUGCAACAUUAUGCGGCUGGUGGACACGCGCUGGGCGGGCAUCGCGAAGGGUGUCGGCGUGCAGCGGAUCAUCGGGCGCAUCCACAUGGUGCAGAUACAGAUCGAGAACGAUUUCCUCACCUCGAGCUUCUCGGUGCUGGAGGAGCAACCGAUGGACAUGCUGCUCGGGCUGGACAUGCUCAAGCGCCACCAGUGCAACAUCGAUCUCAAGGGCAACGUGCUGCACAUCGGCACGACCGGCACGAAGACUCCGUUCCUGGCCGAGGGCGAUCUGCCCGAGUGUGCCCGGUUGACGGGCAGUCCGGAGGAAGAAAAGCGCGCCCUAAACGAGUCGACCAAACUGGCGGAGGAGCUGGCGAUCAAGGAUGCGCUCACCCGAAGUGCCCAGGAAGAAGCAGCGGCGAGCGGGAGCGGCAGCAGCAGCAAUAAACAACACAACCAGCAGACCUCAAGUUCCAGCACGGCAACCACUGUCACCACUCCUACCUCGGCCUCGGCUAGUGCUCCCGUGCCGAUGGAGCAAGACCCGGCAGCAGCCCCGGUGACGAACGUGCCAGUGUUAGCGUCCGCCGUAGCGGAGGAUAUACCGCUCACGUUGCUGCCAACUGAUCAGUUCACCGAGGUGGACGUCGUCGAGCUGGAAUCGAUGGGCUUCAACCGGCAGCUGGUGAUUGACGAACUCAGGGCCGCCAACGGCGACAAAACGAAAGCGACCUCGGGACUGUUUUUGAAGCUCGGUUAAACCACCCUGGCGGAUUGAACCGGAUUGCCUCACAGGCAUUUGCAUUUGCCCUUUAUUUUUAGCCUUGUCCCCCUUUUCUUUGUUUCCUCCAACGGUACAUUAGCAAACAUUAUCAAUCUGACUGAACACACGGCGACAUCUUUGACCGCCCUUUUCUUUCAUGUGACUCAUUUGUUUGUGCCGUAAAAUUAUCUUCACAACGGGGACACAUCAAUGAGACAGCUUUCCGCGUGUACCAGGCUAUCGUGGUUCCGAGAGGGACAACAAACUAUGAACGACUGAACUGCUGUGUGUGUGUGAGUUUUUUUCUCUUUUGAAUCAUGGCUCCGUUCCGGGUUGUGGGUUUAGGGGUAUAUAAUGAUUUUCAUCGCGUGACAGCAGACGAAGGAAUCGAAAUCGUAGAAUAUUAAUAAAGAAAUAAAAAAACGG